UAGGUCUCCGAUGGAGGGGUGUGACUAACAUCUGGGUUUGUUGUUAUUUCACUGAGACUGAAUUGAGUCUUCUUACAUCAGUAAGUAAGCACUUAUUUUCUUGACUCUUGCAGCCAAAGCAUUUCUGAGCAGUUUGUUCUACUGUUACAGUGUUUAUUCAGACAAGGACAGAGCAUUUCUUUCUUCCUCAUCGUUUUUUAAUGAGGCAACUUUCUUGUCAUGAGCCUGCCAUACUGCAACUGAGCAACACCGCAUUAGUACAGUAUUUGUCUUGCAUUUAGAAAUAUGCACACGGACAUUGAAUCUUCGUGAAGUCUUGACAGUAAAUCCUUGUUUGUCUGGGGGAUGAACAGAAGGACGUUGGAGGAGAUAAGAGGAUUGUGGUAAGAGGAUAAUGAAAUGUAAAUGUUAAAACGAGGAUAACGAGAGGUCAAAGAAAGGAGAAAAGCAAAGCAUCCUGAUGGUACCACGUUCUCACAAUUGUUUGAAUGGACGCAGGUUAAGUGUUUUAUCUUAACACAUUAUCAUGUUACACUUCAAUGUUCAUGUUUAUUCUAAAACACUUCCAAAACGUCUGGGAUGUUUGGCAAACUUUUCGCACUCACGCUUGUAAUCCUGACCCUCCCGACCCUAGCACACACCACAAUCCUAAGCAGAGCUUUCAUACUAUUUCCAACCCCGAAUUGAUCUUUUCCACAGUCAAUGGAUCAGACAUCUACAUGAACAGCUGUCUCCAUGGCAAUGGCACCAGUUUUGUAGAGUCGCUGUUUGAGAAUUUCGACUGUGAUCUGCACAUGCUCAGUGUGUCUCCAGAGGAGCAGAAGGAGCACAAAGAGGAAGAGGAGAAGACUCAUCUCAAUAAAUCUACACCGACUGACACGCCCCCUCCUCUGCCAACCACCCCCCUCCCUGAUGACUACUAUGAAGAAGCUGUUCCUCUGGAUCCUGGAUCCACCCCUCAGUACUUCACCACCAACAUGAACACUUCCAGGAACUCGGUGGAGGAUGCUUACUAUGAAGAUGCCGACGAUAACUACCCCACCACCAUGAUUGACGGGCCGCCCAAAAACUCCUACAAUGACUCCGAUGCUCUGAGCAGUUCAUACGAGUCUUACGAAGAAGAAGAGGAAGAGGAGGCCAAAGGACGGGAGCGACCUCAGAGAUGGAUGGCCGAGGAGAGUCCCGAUGAACCGGUUAAAGACUGCCGCAUCUGUGCCUUCCUACUGCGAAAGAAACGCUUUGGCCAAUGGGCCAAACAGUUAGUCGUUGUCAGAGACAAUAAACUGCAGUGCUAUAAGAGCAUCAAAGAGAGCACUCCCCACACAGAGCUCCCGCUGAAUCUGUGUAACGUCAUCUACGUCCCGAAGGAAGGCCGGAAAAAGAGACACGAGUUGCGCUUCUCGUUGCCUGGAGGCGAAGUUCUGGUCCUGGCUGUUCUGAGUAAAGAGCAGGCCCAGCGGUGGCUCAAGGUGGUGCAAGAUGUUGGAAGCCAAUGUAGCAACACUGAAGUAUCCACGUCUCCCAUUAUACAGAGGAAGUUGGAGCUUGACAAGAUGCUGCAGAGUGACCGGCAGGCAUCGGACUCAGACAGCGGGCCAACGGCAGAAAACCAGUCCACUGCACAGGGACCAGGACGGGACCCCAGUGACUCACUGAACAGGGGGAAGCGCGGAGCGUUCUCAGAGCUGACGGGGUCAAUGAGCAGAGCGGCCGGGAAGAAAAUCAACCGGAUCAUCACUUUCUCCAAACGGAAACCUCCGUUACCAGGAGAGCCUCCCUCCUCUUCCGGUCACCGUGAAAACCCACGCUGUGGCUUCCUCAGUGCGUGUCUGAGCGGCUCUUGGAAGGAGCAUUGGUGUGUUGUGCGAGGAGGAAGCUUGUACCUGCAGAAGGACCCCGGGGACCGGGGGCCACCGGCCAUCGUGGUACCGCUCAAAGGUGCAGAGGUGGUGACAGGCGGCUUCGGCCCCAAACAUCCCUUCUCCUUCUGCAUCCUGCAGGCUGGCAGCGAACUAGCAUCCUUGGAGGCCAGCUGCUCGGAGGAUCUCGGCCGCUGGCUGGGUGUGUUGUUCGCAGAGACCGGCAGCACCACUCUCCCUGAAGAGCUGCACUACGACUACAUCGACGUGGAUACGCUCACUGACAUCCGGCACGCUGCGAGACACUCCUUCCUGUGGGCCACUACCACUGCUACUUCCUCCAGCAGCACCUCGACAGACUCCAGAACAUAUGAUGAUGUCUAUGAAAGCAUCGCGGAGGGCGAUGUUGAGAGCCGAGCUGGACCAGUGAGACGUCAUGCCUCCUUCUCCAGCAGGGACUCCGAAAAAACAGAACAACAGGCCGCCAUCAAGAGACACGCCUCCAAUGUAAAUCAGUACGGACGGUAUGGCAAGACGCGUGCGGAGGAGGACGCCAGGCGGUACCUGACUCAGAAAGAGGAACUGGAGAAGCAAAAGGAAGAGCUCAGACACGCGCUGAUUUCCCUCCGCAAGGAGAAGAAGGAGGUGAAGGAGGAGAUGCAGAGUGUUACAGGUCAUGGUGUGGAGCGGUUAGCCAAGCUGGAGGUGCUGUGUAAACAGAAAGAGGAGGAGAGGGUGGAGGUGGAGCUCAGACUGACAGAGGUCAAAGAAAACCUGAAGAAGUCAUUGGCCAGGGGAGCCCUGGGUCCUCCCACUGACACCAAGAUCAGCGUCAAGGCACAGGGCAGUAAGGUGGAGAAGGUUUAUAAUGAGACUGUGCCCAUCAACUCAGCAACUGAGCUUCGUAAACGCCCACCAGCUCUUUACGCCUCCUCCAAGGUGAACGUCAUGCAGAAGGCAAAGGAGUGGGAGUCAAAGAAGGGGACCUAGACUGAACAUAAACGGAUCGACAGAUGGAUUCAUGUGAAGGGAGGAUGUGUUAAAAGAAGAAACAGUUGCAGAUAACUGGCAUUGGGAAGAAGAGGAGAGGUAAAAGAGGGAAGAGGACAGACUCUGACAGUUUUCCCUCUUGACUAUCAAGAAAAAGAGGAACCUUUGCAAGUAGAGGCAGCACGGUGCUGUCUCAACCACUGUAGAUAUGACAGACGUCACUGAUGUACCAGUACAGUAUUAAUGUGGAUCACUAUGAACAGUAUAGUUUGCGUGUGUGUUUGCAUUUGCACAGGGCUGCAGAAAGCGAAAAUGUGAUUAUUUCAUAGAAAUGCAUCACAAAGGGAGAGUGUGGUUCAUGAACACUGUGAGUUCAGAGUUACAGGCCACUGGUUUAAUACCUUCACAGGAUACCUGUCAAUGUAAAAUGAAAACCAAAAGUAAAGACAUGAUUAUUACCUUAAAUUAUCUUUGUUAAUGAGAGAAGUAUCCCACAUUUUGUGAGGUGUAUUUAAACCAUUAGGAAAGCAUAUCGAGUAUGACACUGUUCCUGAAACAAACGAGUAAAAUGUUUAUUAUUGCAAUGUGAAACUAUUGGUUUUUAACCGUUAUAUGUGUAUUUUUUUUUGUUGCCUUUUGCACUUUAUCUUGUUGUAUUUUGUGAUUACACAAAUGUCUUGGAAAUUAGCCUUAGCGCCCCACUUCGGAAUCGUGAGGAUAAAAGCUUGUGUCUGCUUUCCCUGAUCAUCGCAGCGACAUGAACGAACACACAUGUUGGAGUAAAUGAUUACUUUAUCAAGA